UCUAUCGAGAGCGGAAGCAGAAUUCCAACAAAGGGUGGAACAGAGAGGAGGUUCAUAUGAGCGUGGAAGGGGUAGUGGUUCGACGAGGGGGAAUGUUAUGCAGAGGAUGUUUCGAAGGACCACUUCGUAGAGGGAGAGUCCUGUGGUGGAGGACUAUAACUUGGCAGGUGGUGGGAGAAGAGGAAUGACGCAACCAAGGAUUGAUACAGGCUCCUGGACGCAGAAGGGUAAGAAUGCAAAGGAAGCUAUUGGUAAAGCUUGGUCAAAGUUUUUCCAUAUUGCAGAGGUCACGUGGUUCCAUAAAUCUAUUAAUGCGAGUGGAAGAACUCAAGAUGCUGCAUAUUUGUUCAAGGAGAUUCGAAAGGUGGUGGAAGAGAUUGGACCGGAGAAUGUCGUGCACGUAGUCACCGACAACGGCUCGAACUACAAGAAAACAUGCAAGGAACUUUUAAUUGAGGUGUAUGAACACAUAGCUUGGACACCUUGUCUAGCAUACACCGUCAAUUUGAUGUUGAAGGAUAUAGCUCGAAGGCCUGAAUAUGGUGUUAUGAUCAAGCAGUGCAAGCGAAUUUCAAAUUGGUUACACAAUCAUGGUCAGUUGAAUACAAUGAUGAGAGAUGCGAUUCCGAGCACUCUUUUCACUACCCCAUUCCUGACAUCAGCAUGCAGUCACCGACGAGAUGGGUGUACGAAUGGGAAGACCCUCAUUUUUACACUAUGUUAGUUCAGGAAUGGCAGACAACAUCGGCGUGGACGGGCCAAACUUGGUAACACUAUAAG